CUUUAACCCGUCACGUUAUCCAACAUCUAGAGCAACGCCAAUUCUUGCCCUCGAGCUUCCAAAUCACUACCAACCACCUAAAAUGGCCCGCGAAACUUCCCGAAAGCGCGCAUCAAUCAAUUACGCUGAAGACGACUCUUCAAACGAGUCAUAUCCAACUAAAGCAGCACCCAAGGCGAAAACCGAAGCUAAAACUGCUACUAAGCGCAAGGCUUCGCCAUCCCUGGACGAGCAGCCUACCACCAAGGCACCUGCCGCAAAGAAACAACGCAAGACGAAAGCCAAAGACGAGCCCGAGAUGCCUCUUGCAGCCCGGACAGAUGUCUCCAGCCUCAAACACGCAAUGCGCAUCGGCGCGCACGUCUCAGCGGCUGGCGGGGUUGCCAACUCCCUCCCCAAUGCUGUCCAUAUCGGUGCCAACGCAUUCGCUCUGUUUCUCAAGUCUCAGCGCAAAUGGGAUAACCCACCCCUUGCCCCAGAUGCUCGCGAUGCCUUCAUUGCCGGGUGCAAAGCACACUCAUACUCCGCCGCCGAGCACGCCCUCCCUCACGGCUCAUAUCUCGUGAACCUGGCGCAAGCAGACGAAGCCAAGGCGACACAAGCAUACAAAGCCUUUGUAGAUGAUCUCAAGCGCUGCGACGAGCUUGGUAUCAAGCUGUACAACUUCCACCCCGGAUCCACAGGCGGAGAACCCCGACCAGCAGCCCUCGCCAGAAUCGCCGCGCAACUCAACAAGUCUCACAAGGACACAGAGAGCGUCAUAACAGUGCUCGAGAACAUGGCAGGCGCAGGAAACGUCGUAGGCUCAACCUGGGAGGACCUGCGAGACAUUAUUGCGCUGGUAGACGACAAGACGCGCGUGGGUGUCUGCAUUGAUACAUGCCAUGCCUUUGCUGCCGGCCACGAUCUCCGCACACCAGCAGCAUUUAAAGAAACCAUGGACAAGUUUAACGAAAUUGUUGGCGAAAAGUACCUCAAGGCGUUCCAUCUCAACGACAGCAAGGCACCGUUUGGAUCCAACAGAGACUUACACGCCAACAUUGGUACCGGUUUCCUUGGUCUUCGAGCAUUCCACUCUCUCAUGAACACGCCAUCCUUUGCAGGGCUUCCGAUGGUUCUAGAGACACCGAUCGAUAGAAAGGAUGCCAACGGAAAGACAAUUGAGGAUAAGCAGGUAUGGGCAGACGAGAUCAAGCUCCUCGAGAGCCUGGUGGGCAUGGAUGCCGAAGGCGACGAGUUCAAGAAGCUUGAAGCAGAGUUGUACGCCAGAGGCGAAGGUGAGCGGGCCAAGAUCCAGAGCCAGGUUGAUAAGAAGGCGAGCAAGGACGGCAAGAAGCAAGGGUCACUAGCUGGCUUUGUUAAGAAGAAGAGUGCAUAGAGGAGGAGUUGUGUGGCGAGCAUAUUUGGGAAGCGAGGAGUUGAGUUGUCCGAAAAAGAAAAGCAUUGUAUUUGAUGAGGGGCGUAGCAUCAAUGUAUCAUCACCAGAUUGUAUAAGAAUGACGAAGAAAACAGAAUGAUAUCAAACUUUCAUAUGUAUAAAUUAUGUACACAAGGUAAAUCAUAUAUGCCCACGAACACAAAGGUACGCCCAUCGGCCCAGUCUAUAGUCUAAAGGUACACCACACCAGUCACUUAUCCACCACUCCAAACCCUUUCUACUUGCGCAUUUUGGCCCAAUUCUCCAACUUGUUCAUUACUCCUUUUAAUCCCACUCCACGUUCGCUGUUAUUCUCCAACCAAGCCUCCAUGCUUUCUCUGACGCUUCGCAUGCCCUUGAGCACUGGCAUCUUGCCGCCAUCCUCGGCCUCGCAGUGCGCCGCAGGAUUCAACAACACCUCGAAGCACUGUCCCCAAAUCUCCGUUUGCCAGUACCGUUUUAGACUCUCGCGAAUCUUGUAGCGCCUGCCGCUUUUGCCAAUGCCACCCUGGUCCACACGCAUUGUUUCAAUGUAUUUGCCAAACAAAAGGCAGUGGAUGGUGCCGGCCAGGCCAAAGUAGUCAAUCUGCCACGUCCAGGGGCGCGCCUCGCGCAUCUCUGCACAAUCCUGCUCCGAUGUCUUCCAGUCGGCAAAGAACUCGACGUCGGGGAUAAACGCCUUCAUGUCGAUACCGCGCCCAAUGUCAAUCAAAGUCAGGCCACGCGCUGACCAACCAUUGCGGCCAUUGGCUUUCCACUGACUUGACAGGAUCUCGCCAUCCGCUAGCGGAUCAAGACGCAGCAGACAGUUAUCUGCCUUAAUGUCGCCAUGGAUCACGCCCUUGGAGUGCAGUGUUUCGAUUGUGCGCAGCAGCUCAAUAGCAAAGAACAUGGCAAGCUGCUCGUCCAUGACACCUGACGGUUCGGCAUGGUAGUGGUUGAUAACAUCUAGAAGCGUUCCGUUUGGAUGGUAUGGUAAAAACAAAAACGCUUCAUCCUUGUACAGGUGCAUCUCAUGGGCAUAGGUCAACGACUCUGCCGCACGGUGCUGCCCGAGACGCGAAUGCGCUAGCCUCAUCAUGUAGAAUUCCCAUGCUGUAGGAGGAGCCUCCAUCUUGAGCGCCUCGUAGUGACUUCGCUGGUUGACAGAAAAUGCACCACGUCCCAUGACUGCAGCAUUUUCGUCAUUCUCACCACCUUCGGGAUUUGUGUUCUCGACAAGAUACACAGGCGCAAACGCUCCCUCACCAAGCAUUCUUCUUACUCCGUACGUCGUAUCGACAUCCGGUAGCUCAAUGUUUACAGGCGCUGGUAAUGACCCAUUGCGUUCGGCUUUGGGUCCCUUGGCCUGGAGAGCCUUGACAAACUUGCGGAUUUCAGCACCGCGUUCGUAGUUUUCCUUGCGGUGAUCAUAGAAGCCGCGGUAUGAGCUCAUGGGUGGCUGUGUACUCGCCAUAAUCUCGGCACGAACAUUGUUAUCCAACGGAUUGCAGAGUUUGUCCAUGAUGGUUGGUCCCUUCUUUGGGACUACCUUCGCUCCGAGAGCUGCCUUAUUGCCCAAGACUUUGUUUCCCAAGACGUUCUUAUUUCCUAGUACGUUUCUAGGAGCAGCAUGUGCCGCGGGCUUAGACUGAAGUGUUGUAGGUACUUUGGGCAUUGGUGCCUCGUCCACUUCCUCCUCUUCUUCAACAAUCUCUCUCAGAGGACUGCUAAGAGGCUCGAGGUCCUCAUCAUACUCACUGACAAGCUGAUUAGCAUCUCGCUUGCAUGGUGUUUUGUAAUGAUAUGCGCGUGCCUCAACAUCUAAUCCUGUCUCGGUUCGCUCUGUAAUUGGUGUCAUGAAUGGCAGCCGAUUGUUAGCCAUCUCGACCGGAUCCCUAUACGGACGAGUGGGCGGAUCGUAGUCUUCCGGUGGGAUAGGAACAAAGGUGGUUCUGCUUUUGGGCGGCGAAUCAGGCGUAUGAAUGUUUUCGUUAUGACCAGUGAGAUGAUCAUGAAUGGUUGGUGUAAUGUCUGCCUCGUGGUCUGGGUCUGACAUGAUGGAAUCUUGCAGCCUAGCUGCAGGCUCAACAAAAUCAUGGUCUUGUCUGUGCAUCGAAAACUCGGACCAUUCGCUGGCACUUUUGGCAUCAUCAUCACCUUCAACAUCGUUGUCCUCCUCAUCACCAUUUUCGCUUUCAAUCUGCCGCGUGGCAUCAACACUCUCAGCAUCCGUGGUAUAGUCAUCGCUCUCGUAACCAUUCUCAAUCUCCUCCUCGGCAGUUGGCUUCAGAGGCGCAUUGAAAAUGUCGUAGAUAUCAUCUGUAGCGGCUUUGGUAUGGAUCGUCAUCGUUGGCUCCGAGGCGUUCUUUUUACGCAUCUUUGGUCCCGAAGGAGAAUCCAAUUUUGCUUUGACUACAUAAUGUUA